UCCGUUCAUGUGCACCUCUGUCAAAUCCAAAAUGUAAAUAAAUAGCAAGAGCGUUUUUGUGGCAGUUUUAUUAGCAGCCCUCGGUUAGCCGAUGCUCUGCUGCUCAACUUUGAAACCCCCAGUGUCUGAGUCAUAACAUCUCCAGAUUUUGUUGUCAGCGGAAAGUUUAAUCCUUGUUUUACAUGCUAACGCGCGAUGCUAACGUUAGCUCGGUAACAACUUGUGAGCAGCCUGACGUGGUGGAGGAGACAGAGGCGAGGAGAUGGGCUCUGUCCGCUGGGCUUUCCGCUGUGGGUCGUGGACACCGAGCAGGUCUGACUGGCUGUUUGCUGCUCGCUGCAUUCAGCGGGAGGAGAAAGACAGGAUCGGACAGUUUGUGUUUGUCAAGGAUGCCAAAUCAGCCAUGGCUGGCAGGCUGCUGCUGAGGAGAUUUGUGUGUGAGAGGAUGGGGAUCCCAUGGUCAGAGAUCAAGCUGGAGCGAUCUCCCAGGGGGAAACCUUACCUGGCAGCACCAUUGAAGGUCAGUUCAGGUUCAGGCCCUGAACCCCCAGCCUGGAGUUUCAACCUGUCCCACCAAGGGGAUUACGCUGUGCUCGCUGCAGAGCUUGGGAUGCAGGUCGGAGUGGAUAUAAUGAAGACAGUAAUGCCAGGUAGCAGCUCUGUGCCAGAGUUUUUCCGCAUCAUGACUCGUCAGUUUACAGCGUAUGAGUGGAGCGUCAUCCAAUCGGCUGGCUCGGAGCACCAGCAGCUCGCCGCGUUCUACCGCCACUGGGCACUGAAGGAGAGCUUCAUCAAAGCCAUCGGCACGGGUCUGGGCUUCAACCUGCAGAGAGUGGAGUUUCACCUGGCCCCUGAACCGCUGACACAGGGCCUGGCACUGCGCCAGACCAAGAUGCACCUAGAUGAGGAAGAAGAAGAGGACUGGAUAUUUGAAGAGAGCUUGCUGGAUGCUGAGCAUCAUGUUGCUGUUGCACUUGGACCAGCAGACAAACCAGACUCUGCACCUCUUCGUCCAUCUCUUCCUCCUCCCAGCACGUUUACACUGCUGUUGUUCAGUGACCUCAUCGCCUCGGCCUCACCUCUGACAGAGGAAGACCCCGCCUACUGGGACAGCUUCAAGAUGAAGGCUGAAGCUCCACAGAGACAGAGAGAGACUCUCGCAUCCAAAUAACCACCUGUCUCAAACUGACAAUCACCUGACAUAUCUACACACACACACACACACCUUUGAGAGUUGCCAAAAAAGACAUACAUACAUUGACAUCGAAGCUGCUUUCCCAUUCAACACAAGUCAAGUCAAGUUUAUUUUUAAAGCCAAAAAUCACGGUUUGUCUCAGAGGACUUGAGAAUCCGUACAGCUUCUGACAACUUCUAUAUUUUGAUCCUCUGUUCAGAGGAUGUAAAACUCCACAAAACAAACUUUACACACCUGAUAGACACACACACACACAAACAGUUAAUGUUGAUCAAUAGGUUGAUAUCCUAUGAAUUGUAUUAACUUGCUAUCAAAAUGUGAUGAUUUUGUGUUGAAGAUAGGACAAAGCUGGCGGUUUUUUACAAAUCAAAGCAAUUUAUCCAGAUUAUCUAAUUUCAGGAGAUACAUUGUGAAAAAUUGUGCACUGAAUUCCUCAUGAUUGAUCCUUGUUCGUCCCAACAGCCCUUAAACGAUACAGUGACUGAAAGAAAUCUGUAAUGCGGAGUGUAUUUAAUGUAUAAUAAUUAAGGCUGAAACGAUUCAUCGAUUAAAUCGAAUACAUUAA